AUGGGACAGACAGUAACCUAUAAUACAAAGUAAGGCAUUCGUUGACAUAAAGUUUAACUUGUCGUAACAAAUUCAGAAGUGAAUUUAGUAUCCAAGCAUCCGACAUCUAAUUUUAACAAACCUCGGCUCAACUCCUUUUCAUUUAUCUUACAAAUCAAGGGAAAGGUUAUAUAUAUUCCUUGUUUUUCAUAAACAAUAUCCCCUUCCAUCCCGAUAAAAUAUACUUCCUCAAAAACAUCUCCCUUCUAUUACAUGUGACAUUCCUGUCGGCGGCAUUAGGACAUGGAUGGGGGAAGAGAAAGGGCAAAUUAAAUUUCGUUAGACUUUGAUGAUACUCCCAACUUGAAAAUGUUCUUCCGCACGUACAUCCACCAAUAUAUUUUUAAAGGGGUGAAAAACAACAAGUUAAUCAAGAGGUAACUUCGUCAUAGGCAUUUGGUUAUCAUAAAGUUACAACUUGUUUCUGUUCUUAAAAAUCAAUAGUGACAUUUCGUAGCGAAUUUUAUUGAGUUUUCGAGAGAAUUUUGAGAAAAUUUCUGAACAAAAUUGUUUCAAUUUCUGAUAAAUUGUAUAGGGGAGAAGAGGGUUGAUAUAACAAGGAAAGUACUUUUAUGGGGGCUCCUACUUUUUGACGGGACAUAUCUCAAAAAAUCAGAAAAAAUGCGCUGAUCAAGGAUAUAUAAAUCUUAGCUGCCCAUUUUAGGUUUUUAAGGGUGAAAAUGCCCAAAAACUGGUUUAAUUUCCCUACAAAAGGCCGACAUUCGAAACGAUAAAAAGAGCACUCGAUCUCUUCCUUCGGAAGAGAGCGGUGUGGCCGAGUGGUUAGUGCCGUAGUCUGGGAAUCAAGAGGGGGACGCCGCACAGGUUCGAUUUCCCUUUUGGGCUGAAUCAACUUUUUUGAAGUUGAAGGUCGGAAAAAUAAAUUUUUGGGCCAAGACUGUCUUAUUACGUCUUAGAAACUCAAUAAACACCAUUUUAAGCCAAAAUAAAAAUUGUAAACCUUUGAAAAAAUUAAGCGAAAAGGGGUUCAUAUAGGACUUUAAAGUACGCGCGUCCCGAAGCCUAGGAAUACACUUGGCCAUAUAAAAACUUUGUCGCGUCGGGACUAUAAAACUUUGAAUUACCCGCGAAAAAGAAAUUUUUUCGCGGAAUAUUAUUUUUUAGGCUGGAGCCGGAAAAAGGUGUUGAUUUUGUGGUUUUUGAUGUAAUUUUUAUGUUUUUUUCGUGAAAACGUUGUUCUUUGUCGUAAAUGCGUUUUCGUUUUGUUGUCGGACUGUUUUUUAGCUCGAGUAUCACCUCUGGCGAUUUAUUUUUCUUGUAAUUUGACUUUUUUUAUAGUUUUGAGGUUGAUUCGCUUUUCGGUGAGAAUUUGAAUGGAUUCCUCAGCUACGAACGAGAUGUUUCCAGAGACCACAUCCAAGAAGCCACAGAAAUAAGACUAAAGACGGCUCCAUGGUAUUGGGAACGAAUCCGGACCAAUUACUGGUAGGUGGAGAGUUUUGAAUGUUUUUACUUAUGUUUCUUUCGUUGAAUGAGGGAAAUGCUUCAGGUACCGCCUUAAAAACGGCAGGAUUGAGAUGGACCAGUGUGCAUCCAUGAGACAGCCCCGUUCGUUCCUGUUGUUGGAAAGGUGCGCAUCAAGGCGAUUUGAUUUUUGA